AGCAGAGGACUCUGGAAAGUAGAACUUCCGUCCAAACUUCGAGACUCCAAACUCAUAACCUGAAAACGAGUAGUUUCUCAAGUACACAUCUAGUAACAUGCUACUACUUAAGGAACGGUGGAGCAUUUUAUGAAGCGAGUUUGGCCCACCUUGAAAUCGGUGAGACAUUUUACCCGUGAAUCAGAAAAGUGCGUAGAAAAUAAAAACUUGUGUGACGAAAGCGAAAAAGAGAUCCACCAUCCGCGAGGUCAGAUUGGGGAAAGUUCCUAUAAAAAAGAUUCCUCGAUCUCCUUCGAGGUUUCUCCAAUCAAUGGUCGCGUGUUGGAUCCACAUACCCAUGUACGAAUCAUACUCAACUUGAAAGAUUACAAUUUCUCCGCAUUUGAAAAUCAACGUAUGCAGCGCCCACAAGGAGCCCGCAUUUUUCGACACGUGGCGCGCUCUAACACAACAAUCGCCACGGCAGCAUCGUUGAACUUCAUUUCUUCCGGACCUCGAUCUGGACGAAUCUUUGAUCCCUGCUCGGGCAUCUAGCGGGUUUCUAAUGAGUCGUCGGCCGAUCAGGUCUCACUCGCAGUAGCAGAAAGUGUUGAGUCGUUGGACGUGUCAUAAUAAGACAGGAGUGAUCUCAGACAAGAAUGUCGGAAUGAUGCGAUACGCUCGCAGCGAGAUUUAUCUCUUUAGGAGAAAGCGGUCGCUCGAGAUUGUGUAGCGAGGAAUCUGUUGUGCGCAAGGCAAUUUUCUUCUGAUGCACUGAUCCCACGUGAACUUUCUUUCCCUCAGUCGUAGCUUAGAACGUAGAAUUAUCACAGAGUCGUUGCGCUUGUCGGUGGGCUCUGUAAAUGUCCAUCUGUUUUCAUGGGUCUUUCAUCUACGAUCAAGCAUGCGCCUUUUGGAAUGAUCUCUUCCAGCUUGUGCUCUUCAUACCUUAAAUGCGGGUCGAUGCCCACAACAUGCUCCACUGCUAUACCCGCUGCUGUGAGGCUCCCGGUUUCUACCAAAAGAUCCUACAAGAAGAAACUCGUUGCAAGGAAAGGAGAGAAUGGAUGUGGCUCGAAGUCCUUCUCUGUCGACUGCCCACUCCGACAUCUCUCUUGGAAGAAGACUCGAAUCGGCCACACGAAUUGCUACAGCAGGCGAAUUGUGUCCUCUGAUGCCUUCUAUCCGUCUGACACGCUUGCCGUAGAUCAAAGUCAGGGCAGAGAUAAUGGCGAAAAUCGUCCUGCAUCUAGUCGCUCAAGCUUACUUCCUCUUAGCAGCAGCACCUUGAAGAAAGUGCUGCCGUUUAUUUACCCUCAAUUGCCCAUCAUUUUGAGGGGAUGGUUCUGCACUUCGGUUGCCGUAGCAUGUUUGUAUAUGUUCGUACCUCAGAUUGGCCAACUGUCCACUCUCCUGAGCCAGGGUAAUCUGGCUGAGUUAGGGAGGAAGGUGGUAUGGGUAGUGAUAAUUAUCGGAGCGAGAUCUGUAGCCCAGUUUUGGCAACAGGCACUUCUAUGGGAGUCGGCGCUCAACAUCACUUUGAAGGUCAGAAGUCAUAUUUUCCAGCGAGUUUUGAAGCGAGAAAUGGGAUUUUUUGAAGGGCAGGAAGCAGCAGCUGCCGGUGACAUUGCAUUUCGGGUCACCUCAGAGGCUGAAGAUAUGGGAGAUACCAUAUAUUCUCUCCUUCAUAUGAUGGUACCAAGUGCGCUUCAGCUGGUUGCCAUGGCUACUCGAAUGGUCACGCUGAAUCCAACUUUAGCGCUCGCAACGUUUUCGGUUGUUCCUUGUAUGGGAUUAGUCAUAGCCAUGCUGGGUGAGAAAUUGAGGAAGUUAGCUCGGAAGGGGCAGGACAGCAUUGCACAUUUAUCGGCGUAUCUGAACGAGGUUCUUCCAUCAAUGUUUGUGGUAAAAGCGCAUGCCGCGGAAGACUUGGAACAGUGGCGUUUUGAGAGGCUAGCAUGGGCAGAGCGAGAUGCUCAGUUGGGUAAAAAGCGAAUGAAAGCUUUCAUACCUGAGAUGAUAACACUCGUCUAUGUGAUAACAGUGAUGGUGCUGUUUGGAGUUGGAACAUGGGCUAUUUCCAAGGGAACUUUAGACGGAGGGGGCAUGGUGUCUUUCAUCACAUCCCUUGUACUUUUAGUUGAGCCUAUGCAGUCAUUAGGAAAGGCCUACAAUGAGCUAAAGAAUGGCGAACCAGCUAUUGAACGACUCUUUGAGUUGGCACUUCAGCAACAAGGGGCACUCGGUAUCGAAGAAGACACAUCCCUCGAAAAUGUUGCCGGCGAGGUGCAACUUUGCAACGUCUCCUUCCGGUACAAUGAUCACAUGCCCUGGGUACUGAAAAAUGUCAACUUACACGUACGUCCUGGAGAAACCGUGGCUCUGGUUGGAGGAUCGGGAGGUGGGAAAACCACUCUUGCUAAAUUGCUGCUACGCCUGUAUAACCCUGUAUAUGGUAGCAUAACUAUUGAUGGCCAAGACAUAAGGCGUGUGACCAAAAAAACUCUUAGGCAACAUGUGGCUAUAGUCCCGCAAGAAACAACUCUAUUUACAGGAACAGUGGCAGAAAACAUAUCUUAUGGGAGGUUGCCGGAGGAGGUAGAUAUGAAAGCCGUAGUGCGUGCAGCUGAGCUAGCUAAUGCUGACGAGUUCAUAGGCAAGCUAUCACAUGGCUACUCUACGAGAUUAGGUGACCGCGCUUCAUCACUAAGUGGUGGGCAACGUCAAAGGUUGGCUAUCGCAAGAGCAAUUUAUCAGGAAGCAACAGUUCUGAUCCUAGACGAGGCUACAUCGGCCUUAGACAAUAAAUCCGAGAAGCUUGUCAGAGAAGCUCUGCAGAGGCUGAUGGCUGGCCGUACGGUAUUUGUGAUUGCACACCGUUUGGAGACUGUCGAAAGAGCCGACCGAAUCGUGGUUUUGGAAGCAGGGAGAAUCGUAGAGGAAGGAACACAUGAAGCUUUAUUGACCCUGGAAGGAAAGUAUGCAGCUCUUUACACCAGGCAAGAAGGCACCAGGCCUGUCACAGAAUUACUGUCUGGAUAAUUGUAUUUGGCAAAAUUUUAUUCCAGAAUAGAGGAAGAGGUCAUGAUCUGUAUGAUAAUAUUGAUUUCAGGUGGAAAGCACUUGUGAAGAGGUGUAUAUGACUGUCUUAGAAUUGUACAAAUCUUUAAACAAAUCUUUAUACUAAAUAUAUAUUUAAGUUCCUUCACCGAUAGAAUAGAUUUAAGAGUUCUGUACAAAUCUAGACUCGUUAGUUUGUAUCAGUAGCCAGGACCACUACAAGAUGGACCAAGUUGGGUAACAAAGUGGAGCAGUAACGUAUGCUGACAAGGACAUAACGAGUAUGCUUUCUUGCUCAAAAAAUCCAUCGAGUUUUUGAGUCAAAUAUAAUAUUCGUCCAAUGUUGUAAUCAGUAAACGCAAUAUUGGUUGAAACUCAGUUGACUUGUCUUAGAAGUUUCUCAUCUCCACCCAAUAAACUCUUGAAUCUGCCGACCAUGUUGCUCU